GAAAGAAAAGCAUUUCUGUAACGCAGCUAAAUUAGUGAGAUUCCUUGAAUCUUCACUACCAGGUCAGCGAGGAAUGUUGUCAUUUUGCUUAUAGAAAGUUGCUGAUGACAAAGUUCCUGUUUCUUUUGCUUAAAAUGUUUAUUUUUGUCACAUUCUGAAUGCUUUGUAGGCAAAUGGUGUCUCCAUUUUGCAGGUUUAAGUGUUUUGCUUGACAAAAACCUCCUGACAAAUAAUGAAAAGGCUGGGACAGCCUAACAGUGAACACAAGCAGCAGAAUGAGCACAGAUUAGAAAGAGCUACUAAACAGAACCCUGUGUGCUGCCACAGACAGUGUGAAGAUGGAGUCUGUCCAGAUUAAAGAGGACUUCCCUGAACGUGAACUCCUCCCCUGUACAGAGGAGUCCUCUGGGCUGGCUUCCCUCCCCAUUAAACAGGAGUGCUUUGAGAGGCAAUGUGACUGCUGUCUGAUGGAGGUCUCUGACAUUAAAGCUGAGCACAAAGAACUGAAGAUCUCCCAGACAGAAGAACCCCUUUCUGUUAAACAAGAAAAGGGGCUGGAAACUGUCCGUAUUAAACAGGAGCCACCUGAAGUAGAGUUUGACCACAUGGAACCAGUGAAGGAAGAAUCCGAGGACUUCAACCCAAACAUCCCUGAGCUGGAGCCUGUACGCCUGCGGGAGUGUAGCGUGGUGCUGGAGAGAAUCUGCGUGAGAGAGCAAGGCGCUGGAGAGGAAGGCUCUCCCAACAGCAUGCAAGGAGGUGGAAAGGAAGACGGGCGAUCACAUUCAGAAUCCAGUCUAGCAGGUUCCAGUACAGCAGCUAAAGCGAGGGCGGGCAGUGGAGAAGAUCCUGACUGUGGGAAAGGUUUCACCCAGUUUGGGAAUUUUAAAGCACAUCAGCGAACUCACACAGGAAAGAAACGGUAUCGCUGCUCUGCCUGUGGGAAGACUUUCAGUAACUCGGAAUAUCUGAAAAAACACCAGCAAAUUCACACAGGAGAGAAACCGUAUUUCUGCUCUGACUGUGGGAUGAGUUUCAGUCGGUCAGACAGCCUUGUUUUACACCAGCGAACUCACACGGGAGAGAAACCAUAUCUCUGCUCUGACUGUGGGAAGAGGUUCAGUAACUCAGGAGACAUGAAAAAACACCAGCGAAUUCACACAGGAGAGAAACCGUAUCACUGCUCUGACUGUGGGAAGAGUUUCAAUAACUCAGGAUAUCUGAAAAAACACCAGCAAAUUCACACAAUAGAGAAACCGUAUCGCUGCUCUGACUGUGGGAAGAGUUUCAAUUGGUCAAACAGCCUUGUUUCACACCAGCGAACUCACACGGGAGAGAAACCAUAUCUCUGCUCUCACUGUGGGAAGAGGUUCAGUAACUCAGGAGACAUGAAAAAACACCAGCAAAUUCACACAGGAGAGAAACCGUAUUGCUGCUCCAACUGUGGGAAGAGUUUCAUUCACUUAGGAGACAUGAAAAAACACCAGCGAAUUCACACAGGAGAGAAACCGUAUUGCUGCUCUGACUGUGGGAAGAGUUUCAGUCAGUCAGGAGACAUGAAAAAACACCAGCAAAUUCACACAAGAGAGAAACCGUAUCGCUGCUCUGACUGUGGGAAGAGUUUCAAUUGGUCAGGCAGCCUUGUUUCACACCAGCGAACUCACACAGGAGAGAAACCAUAUCUCUGCCCUUACUGUGGGAAGAGGUUCAGUCACUCAGGAGGCAUGAAAAAACACCAGCAAAUUCACACAGGAGAGAAACCAUAUCGCUGCUCCAACUGUGGGAAGAGUUUCAUUCACUUAGGAGACAUGAAAAAACACCAGCGAAUUCACACAGGAGAGAAACCGUAUCGCUGCUCUGACUGUGGGAAGAGUUUCAGUCAGUCAGGAGACAUGAAAAAACACCAGCGAAUUCACACAGGAGAGAAACCGUAUCGCUGCUCUGACUGUGGGAAGAGUUUCAAUCGGUCAGGCAGCCUUGUUUUACACCAGCGAACUCACACGGGAGAGAAACCGUAUCACUGCUCUGACUGUGGGAAGAGUUUCAGUUUUAUACAAAGCCUUCAAAGACACCAGCGAAUUCACACAGGAGAGAAACCAUAGCACUAGAACACCCAGAGAUAUACUCAUAACGAGGCAGGCAUCUAUAUAUAUAUAUAUAUAUAGUAACACAGCAGGGAGGGGGUUAAAACCUCCCAGUGUGGAAAACAUGUGCAAAUGCACAUUUGUUUUAGUUAAUUGUUUUGCUUAUUGUGUAAUUCAGUUUGGUUAAUUGUUUUAUUGUUUAAUUAUCCCCUGCACCUGGGCGGUAAUUGGAAAUUAGAACCAGGUUCAGGGUAUAAAAGACAGGCAGUCAGUUUGCUCGGGGCUGCGGAGGAGAAGGAGGCAGAAGAGGUGUGCUGUGUCCGAGCAGUCAAGAGGAAAUAACGUGCAGUGUGAACCUGUGUGGUUUGAGUAUAGUUGUUUUUUGUGUGACAGGUGAACGGCCUAGCUGUCCUGUGCUAGUUAGGUUCCUGUGUGUUAGUUAGUGCUCGUAAAGAGCUAGGUGUUUAUUUUUGUGUUUUGUUUUGUUUGUGUUUUGUUUGUCUUGUUAUUAAAAAUACCGCAACCGCGCUGAAAAAUCCAAGUCUGUGUCCUGGGUCGAUUUUUAAAGGGGCAACGAACCCGAGAGUGGCAGCGGUCUUUCCACAAUUAUAUAUAUAUAAUGAACAUUUAUUUUACAAAUCAAAACAAGAAAAUGUAAAUAAACAUCUGAACAGACAUACCUAUUUAUAAAACUGAAACGUCAGCAAUACAUUUUUAACUUUUCAACAGCAAAUCAGUUUAUUAUCAGAUGUUCAAAAGCAACUGAACAAUGUACAUAAAUAAACUUAGAAGAAAACAUUUUACAGAAGCACACAGCACAAGAAAUUACAAAAAAAAGACUUUUUUUUGACAAAAGGGUAUUCCUUUACCUUGAGUCUAAGGCUGUUCACAAUCAACACAGAUAAUGUGCUUCUCCACGCCGCCUUUCUGAACAGCUGUCUGAAGUUUUAUUUUUAUUGCACUUGCCAACCUGGCAUUGGCGUCUCUUGCGGCUCUCGACGGGUUUGCCAGCUUCAGCUGUGGGUACACGCUUGGCAGUCUCCCACUGUUCCAAAUGCUUCUUGUGAAGUUCCUCUGCUAACUGUAAAAUGUAUUCUCUGCUUGGUAGAUUCUUCUCUGUGCAUUCUUUGUUAAGUACCAAGGAGUUGAUGGUUGCUAGGUACAGCUAAACACAUUGCAGACUGGUAAAUGAAAAUAAUAAAGCAGAAUAUUGUUCUGUAUAAUCGAAAUACAUUUUUUUCUGUGUAGCCGUCAAAGUGACUGCUCCUGGGGCUUUUAGGUAUAAUGUAAUAUAUAUAUAUAUAUAUCCUUUAUUUCUGCACGCCCGUGUUUCAUGCUUUGUGAGAAUAUGUAAUACAUAUGGACAGAAAGGUACCUGAACGCGCAGCCCCAUAUCUGUUACACGACUGGAGAAACUUAAGUUUUAAAACUAAAAACCGGCAAAAUGACUGCCACGGGGCUUCUAGUGUUAAAGACUAUAUUCAAUGGGACUUUUCAUUUAUGAGGAAAAACCCGUUAGCCUUGCAUUAUGAAUCCCUGUGUAAUGACUGUUUUGUGUAUCACUCUGAACAGCAUGCAUUUUAAAUGGUAAAAAUGCACUUCAGCUCUCUUGCACUCUGAUUGUGUCAGAAAGCGGGCGGAGACGCGGACACGUCACAAGAGGCUUCUCUGCUUAAGCUAUCAUUACAGAGCACAAGAUCAUAUAAAAUGCAGUGUGGUGAUGGAAACAAAUGUAUGAUUGUGUGGGGAGGGAGAUCUAGAAUUUUCAGGAGAUUUAUUUACCUUUUUAGUAUAGAUAAAUAAAUACUGGUGCAAAAGAUGCUUUGACACGAAACCUUUUUUUUUCUUUCACUCCUAAGGAAAUGCUACUGUCUAGAUACUGGAACUUGAUUUUUAGUCCUGUUUGUAUUUUACAUUUCUGUUCAGUAUUAAUGCAGAUUAGUGUGUGGAUUAAACAUAUUUAGUUUCUGUUAGUUUCUUUUAAGGGACCAGUGAGUCUAUGGCACGGCUUACUGCUAGUACUGCAUUCAUAUCUACUGCACCUGCACCAGCCACUGAACACAAUGUGUGUAUCAUUAAACAAAGGGCAAGUUUAUUUCUCUGUCCUGUUCAGACUUUUACAUACAGAGCAGGGAGUUUUGUUCUUUAUCCACUGCUGGCAAGUCUCUCUGAGCCGUUUCUACUCUUGAUAUCAGUCUGAAGAUUCAUCUAGAAAUAGAUCAGUAUAUUAUCAAGUGAACUAAGUACUUCAUACAAUAUCAUGUGUUUGCUUACAUUUCAAUGAACUGACACGAGGUGUGUUAAUAUGACUGAGUUUGUGUUUUAAUAAGUUCUAUGAGUAUUGUGUGAGAUGUAUUACGAUCCGCCCAGGACCUUGUUAAAAAGCUGUGUUAUGAGGAAAUGUGUGUAAUGUGAGUUCUAAUGAGACUGUACAAUUAAACCUUGUGUGUGCUGAUUGGAUGAUUUGAUUAAUAUACAACAGGAUACUAAACCAUGUUAAAGAAAGAAUAGAAUACUGCACUGCUCUGUAUCACCAGGAUGUGUAAGACAUGUGCAUUUCAAUACCUUCCUGCAUUGCUUACUGUUCUCUCAGUAUUAGUAUUAAACUCUUGUAUUGAGUGUAUCAUUCUGUAUGAAACCAUUCCAGAAACUCACACUAUUGAGCCACAUAACAGAGAGAAAGUUAGUUUAGUUUAGGCUUAAACUUCUUCCACAUGUUGGAAUUGCUGUAUGAAUGCAAUGCUUCUUCCACACAUU